UUGUCCGCGAAUUACUCCUGCAUUUCUCAACCACUUCAAACCACCCCAACGUCAAAAUGUUUGGCUCAUUCAGCACAUGCAGGCUAUCUAUCAGGACUUUGAAAACCCCUCACCCCCUAUUGGUGGAAUUUUAUAUUUAACAUUACAUAUAACACUCUGCUUAUCCUAUGCACUGUGGGAUGCCUCAGGUCGUACAGUGGUCGUCUCCCAGCCCGAUGAUUGAUGAUUGGUCUUCAGUUAGUGAAAUAACCGUUGCAAUUUUCCAGCGCUGUUUCAAUGAACAUUUGUCAUUUUCAAAACUCCUGAGCCUUUUCAGUGAGUCACCUUAAAGAUAUUGAUUCAAAACAAGUCUGAACAGGGACGAAAAGACAACAUGAGGAAACACGAGUGUUUUGAAAGUUUGAAAAAAAAAACAAAGAUGAACACACAGGAAGCAGGAAGUGUGAUUUGCGAUAGCUCACUUUUCUCUGUGUAUGUGUGUGUGUUUGCGUGUGCGUGCAUGUGCGUGUGUGUAAUUAAACACUGACCUGUGCUAAAAGUUGAGGACUAUGUCUUUGAAACUACCUCGCCACUGGGAUUUCAGCACCUUCAAAGCUGAGACAGCACGGAUCGCCCGGUCCAAGAGCAUACUACCUGGUGAGGGAAUCCCAAGUCUGGGUUCACGGCGCUCCUCCAGGUCCAUGGAGAAGCCUCUGAAGGCCGGCUGGCUCAAGAAACAGCAAAGAUCUUUAGUGAAGAACUGGCAGCAGCGCUACUUUGUGCUGAGAGGCAGCACGCUAACCUACCACAAGGAUGACCGAGAGACGACCAUCGUGGGACUCAUCCAGCUGCAGUUCAGUAAGGUCAAUGAACUCACCCCAAACUCAGACGAAAAUGGGAAGUAUAUCUUCGAAAUCAUACCAGCAGGUACAAAUGGAGACAAAGAGCGAUGCCCUUAUGUGUUCAUGGCCAACUCCCAAACUGAUAUGGAGGAGUGGGUCCGCACGCUGCGGAGGGUCAUCGGUGUUCCGAGUGGAGUGUUUGGAAAAAGUCUCAAGGACACAGUGAUGUAUGAGCAACGUUUUGGGCCCCACAUGGUGCCAAUCCUUGUCCAGAAGUGUGCGGAAUACAUCAGAGAGCACGGUCUAAACGAGGAAGGCAUCUUCCGCCUUCCUGGACAAGACAACUCUGUCAAACAAUUCAGAGACGCCUUCGAUGCAGGAGAGAGGCCGUCUUUCCCCAGUGACACAGAUGUCCACACAGUGGCGUCACUUCUUAAACUGUACUUGCGGGAGCUGCCGGAGCCUGUGAUACCAUGGACUCAGUACCAGGAUUUCCUGGACUGCACCAACCUGCUGGACUCUAACAAAAAAGAGGGUCAAGAGAAGUUGGAAAAACAGAUCUCCCUCCUCCCGCGAGUCAACUACAAUCUUCUAAGCUAUGUCUGCCGGUUCUUGUUUGAGGUACAGCUGAACUCGAAAAUCAACAAGAUGAGUGUGGAAAACCUGGCCACGGUGAUGGGAAUCAACCUGCUCAAACCCCAGAUACAAGACCCCUUCUCAGUAAUGAACGCAACUCCUCACAUCCAGAAGUUGAUGACAGAGAUGAUCAGACAGCACGAGACUUUGUUUCCUCUCAGCAAAGAUGUUCCUCCUUCCUCACCCUCCAACAAGGCCGAGAGCCAGAAGAACUCUCCUCGCAACUUUGUGGGCUGGGAGUCAACUGAGAUGAAUGAUAGCGCUCUCUCUGAGUGCAACGAGGUGGAGUGCAACCACAGUCCAGGUCCCAGCAGAGGAAACUGCAGAGAUGUCCUUCAAGAUUUUCCUCUUUCAUUUUCUCCCGACAGCUGGCAAGGAAGCACUCGCAAACGCACACAAACCCUGCCCACUUUCAACUGCCCCCUUACGGGGAUGGCGGCAAAAGCUGACGCCGUUAACCGCUGGAGUCGCAUCCAGGAUAUGGUGGAAGAUAAGAGUAGUACGUUAUCAGAGGACAUCUUUAAGAUCUUGGACCUCCGAAGCUCAGGAUCCGUGUUCAGAGGCUCACCGACAAGUGCCAAGGAGGGAGAAGUGAAUGGUUCUACUCCUGCUAAUUCCCCAAACACCGACGGUGACGCUCAACCUGCUCAAGCCCAAAAUAAUGCAGAACCCAGGACAGGAAGUGGUUCAGCUCAGGAGGUCAGCACCGGGAAAGACGACCAGCACUUUGACAGUGUGAAGCAGGAGAUGAAGAAGCUGAGGGCUACAGUAGCUGAGCUACAGUGUGCUCUGGAGGCAGAGCGCUGCCGUGUGGCAGAUUUGGAUGCACGUCUGAGAAACACUGAGAGCCGCCGAGAUGAAGCUCUGAGACAAAACGAAGAGCUGCAAAGGCACAUUCAGCAGCUCCUCUCUGGAGAACAUGGAGCUCCCACUUAACAGUCCCUUUGACACUCAAUAGACGUGAACUGGAAAUGUCAAAUAAUACUGUUUUAGAUGUUUUAGGUAACUGGGGAGUCUUACUUGUUGGCUGCUGAGUCCAGAAGUCUAAGUCAAUGAUACAUAUCCCACAAUGUUCUGAACGACUUUCUAGAACAUAUUUCCAGAAAUGGUGACUUCUGCUGAUUAGACGCCAGCUGCCCUCUAGACAUGAAGUAACACCCCUAUAGUCACCUUGAUAUUUGCAUUACCCAAUAUAGUAGACGUAAUAAGAGUAAAUAAGCCAUUUAUAUAUAAGACUCAUGCUCAUGUGUGUUGCUGUAAACGUGUUCCCUAGGGGAGAAGAGUGAGUGGCGGACAGGAAGUGAUGUCCGGAUUCAGAGUUGAGUUUUUAGCUUCGCGUGGCCACAACACUAGCAGGUGUCGUGAAGAGGGAUUAUUGUGCCUGUGAGGUAAUUCAAGCCACCAAUAAAAGCCGCGAUCAAGUCCGGUGCUUGUGCGUCCCACCGAACAUGACAGUAACAUUACUGACACCUAGUGACUAGUGUAGAAUACUACAUAUGAUCACAACGUCUUUCAAUGUGUUUUCUGAAUGCUUUAUAUUUGUAUUUUAGUUGAUUUAGCCAUUUUUAUGCUUUGAAAUGCUUAAUUUAGGCAAAAAUAAGUCACUUUUGCUUCGAUAUAGCAUAUUAUGCAUAUUAUGAAACAGCAUGACUUAGAGUGAAGCUGCGAAAUUGGAAGUGGCGAGGGAUUACUAUACUUGUAUGGGGUAUUUUUGGUGAUAUCACAUGCAGUUGCACUCAAAAUGAUUGAACUCCCAUUGCAAAUUACAUUUUCUUCCCAAAUGUACACAUUUUGAUUUGUUUUCCAGUCAUAAUUUAAACUGAAUCAUUUUCGCCACUAUUUAGUGUAUUCAGCAAAAGACUGAGGAUUUGGAGCAAAAAGAAAAACAAUGAGGCAAUGUCCUGCCAGGAACAAAAAAAAAAGAUAACAAGCCUGAGAAGAUAAAGAGAAAAAAGUGCAUUGUGGCAAAGUCAACAGCGAUCGUAGCCAACAUGCUAACACAGGUCAGGUGACCGGCAAUCAUUUGCGUCGUCAUGAAGGGCAGCGUUGUUUCCCAACCUUUACUGAGCCAAGGUACAUAUUUUACAUUGGAAACACACUAAAAACUACUAUACAGUAUCAUUUCUGCAGUCACAUUACCGUAAUUUCCGGUGUAUACUUUUUCUCCUUGCGGCUUAUAAAGAUGUGUGGCUAAUUUAUGACCAUGUUCUAAUCUUGUGACAUCUCCUAUGCUCCAGAACUACUAGUAAUCAUUUAAAUACUGUCCCGCUCACAAGUCAGUGAGGAAACGGUAGCUUUUUCUUUGGCAGGAGCCAAUCACGAGCUAUAAGGGAACUCACAAGGAGCUUCUGAACCCAUCGGAAAUCGCAGGAGGUCAUUCUCAAUGUAACAGUCUGACUCACCGUGUCCUCUUAGAUAGAAGGCUAAAAUCAUCACAGCAACUUACGAGUUUAAAUACGAGUUUAAAAUUAAAAAAUGUUUUAACUUCUUCCCAUAAUGCAUUUCUUCCCAGUAGAGCAGUUCAUUGGCCGUUGGCUGCAGGGAGCCAUGCCUGCUGGGCCACCAGAGGGAGCGCAUGAGCUGGCUCGUGACACUUGAGGGCGAGACGCCUUCUUUUAGGAGAGUUUGGAUGUGAGAGUACAUUGGUGGAGCCCUAGCCAGAUAUCCAGGCAGCAUGGAGGUGGGCUGCAAGUGAGAGAACAGUCAGCGAACCCGGCGUUUUCCAACUCUGAUGAAGGCUGGUCAUCUCAUCCGAUGAAUUCAAUCAUUUAUCGGGUUAUUUACUUCGUAUUAUGACUGUCAUGCACAUACGGGCGAUUGUUGGCCACCGUUUUGGCUGGUUAGCUGCCUUUUGGCUGAUGAGCACACCGUGAGCCUUGAAAACUCACCAUAGUCCGUCAAGUUUUUAUUCUUCAAAUGCCAUAUUAAAUGAGUGGUUUUUAAAGUGAUGGCCCUGUGAGUUUUUGUGGCUUGUGUUGGCAGGUCAGUUCCUCAUGGCAGACAUGAUUGUUUUUGUUUUGGCACGCCUGCGCAGUGUCAAGGAAAGUGGGAGGAGGAAGCUACCAAAGACACUACACUGCAUGCGGUGAUCGUUACAGGCUGCAAUAGUACGAGCCACAGGUGAUCGGCAUUGAAAGGCACUUAUCGGCAUACGCCGAUCACGGAAAUUGGCCGAUACCGAUUGGUGGCUGAUGGAUCGGAGCAUCCCUAUUAAAUACUGUACCUGUAUUUAAAAACUAUAUUUUUACAAAACUGUUAGAAAGAAGCCACAAAAUUCUAAGUACAAAGUGGGGAGGGAUUACUGUAGUCCCAAAAUCCUCCAACCAAAUUUCCAAUGGAAACUACUAGUGAGCGAGUGAGUGUGUGCGCUGCAGGCCAUUACCAAACCUUCGUUGGGUCAUCAGGAAGAUGUGACGGUCUGUUGCGACAGCAGUGUAACAAUGCAGCAGAUAAGAGCACGUCUGUCAAGUGUCAGCCUGGCAGAUGAGUGGCAGACGCGGGAAAAGCUCAUUCCUUCCCUUCUUGGUGAGGCACCGCAAUCACGAGUGUAUCUCCGGGUCACACAAAGAAGCUCUGGAAUGACAGACUGUUGCAGGGUGGCAUGUGAGUUCAGGUGGUGGGCAGGAAUGUUAUUCCCAUUUGAAAAAAGGUCAACCAAAGUCUUUUAUCACAUCAGGAAACGUCUGAGCAGCUUGGUGACGGCAACAGUGACAAUCUACUUUACCACGUACACGCAAUAUCCCGUCAAAUAGUACAGUACAGUCAGCAAGUGGAUAAAGGACUGCCUGUCCCGCAUGAACCCUUAGGGUAACAGUCUUUUAUAUUUUCCGUAGCAUUUUCUUUUCAUUCGUCAAUAUUCCCUUCCAUCCAGGUCACUGAAUUCUCAGGGCAUUGAAUCGAUCUCAGCUGGACUCUUCAGUUUGUCUGAGGAGACGUUUAGCCUUUCAUCCUAGCAGGCUUCAUCAGUUCAUAAUCAAAGACUUUGUUGAGGUAAUUCAUUUUAAAGACAAGAAAAAGAAAAAUACUGGCGUAAAAAUCAACAAUCUGUAUUUUCUAUAUUUUCUCACCAAUCUGUAUUUACUUCUACAAGUAUAAGCUACGCCGGGGUGUCCAAAGCGCACCCCAGGGCCCCACAGCUUGUCUAUUAUUGAUACUGUAUAUGUUUGGCUUAUGAAAAUAUAUUCACUUUUUUUACCUGGCUGCAGGUUUUGAGGCCGGACUGACUGUCAAAGCUUGUGCUUCCGUAGCCAAACAAACCUUUGCGUCUCACAGCACACAACUAUGGUGCGUUCAAGGAAAGCACUAAAUCUCAACGCUUGAUGAAAAAGCAUUAUCAGUGAAGCAUAAAGACAUGUAAAAAUUGUGGUCUUUCUAAGAGUGGAACAUGCAUGCUGGACUGUGGCGAUGAGAUGUGUUUUUUGAGGAAAAUACGACCUAUUUUCUGAGUAAAAAUGUAAAUUGUUUCUCUGAAAGUAGGCCGUAUUUAAAUAAAACAACACAUCAUGAGUAGGGUAAAACUAACCUUA